UUUGUCGGGUGUCCACCCAGAAAUCUUUGUCACCGGAAACGAUCUUUGUGAGGAAAGCGGAAGUCAUUACCUUAACUGUGCUGUGGAGUUCAGUUGUCGUUUAAGUAGUACCGUGUCCUAUUUCACGACCUGAGGGUGAAAGAUGCGGCGAUCUAAGCGGAUGCGCUCGCCGGAUGGCUGGAUUACGGAGUACAGCUGGGAGGAGAGAGUGGAGGUACAUAAGAGACCGAGACUCAGCUCCAACAGCGGAGAGAGAGACAAGAAGCCUAGCCGCCAUCAUCACUAUAAAACAUACGAGAGGUGUCACAUUGGUGCCAAGAGGCUGGAGUGCAGAGAUCGCAGGGCCAGAGAGGCCAGUCCGGGGCGUGAUGACUAUGGGAGUCGGGUGGACUCGGUCAGAGAGCCUGAGAGGGAGAAUAAUGAGCGUAACUACAGCAAGUCAUCUGCACGCAGUAGGCGCAGCAGCAGAGAGCAUCAGCGAUCACGCCACCACAGAUCAAACUCGAAAAGUCAUCGGAGGAAAAGAACCAAGAGUAUUGAGGAUGAUGACGAGGGUCACCUGGUCUAUCACAAUGGAGACAUGCUAAGAUCAAGAUAUGAGAUUUUAGGCACUUUGGGUGAAGGAGCCUUUGGAAAAGUGGUGGAGUGUCUUGACCAUUCAAAUGGUCGCGCCAAAGUCGCACUGAAGAUCAUCAAAAAUAUUGAGCGCUAUCGCGAGGCAGCCUUAUCAGAAGUCAACACGCUUGAGCGGAUAAAGUCGCUUGACAGUGAAAAUAAAUUUGCCUGUGUUCAUAUGCUGGAUUGGUUUGAUCACCAUGGUCACAUCUGCAUAGCCUUUGAGCUGCUGGGACUGAGCACAUAUGACUUCCUUAAAGAAAAUGGAUUUAUGCCUUUCUCGGUGGACCAGAUCAGACCCAUGGCACAUCAGAUCUUUAGAGCUGUGCACUUUCUUCAUCUGAAUAAGCUGACACACACUGACCUUAAACCUGAAAACAUUCUUUUCGUGGACUCCACCUAUGACAUUGAAUAUAACUCCAAGAUGAAGCGAGAUGAGAGGAACUUGAGAAAGUUGGAUGUGAAAGUAGUGGACUUUGGCAAUGCUACAUAUGACCAUGAGCAUCACACCUCUGUGGUGUCAACUCGCCAUUACAGAGCUCCAGAAGUUAUAUUAGAGCUGGGCUGGAACCAGUCGUGUGACGUGUGGAGUUUAGGCUGCAUCUUGAUCGAGUACUAUUUGGGAUUGACGUUGUUUCAGACUCAUGACAGUAAGGAGCAUCUGGCCAUGAUGGAAAGGGUUCUAGGACCAAUACCCAAACACCUUCUCCAGAAAACAAGGAAGCGGCGUUAUGUGCAUCAUGACAAACUGGACUGGGAUGAACACAGCUCGGCUGGGAGAUACGUGAGGAAACACUGUAAACCGCUAAGGCAAUACAUGUCCUGCAAAACUCCGGAUCAUGAGCUGCUGUUUGACCUGCUCCAGAAGAUGAUGGAAUAUGACGCAUCCAAACGGAUCACGCUGGAGCAGGCCAUUGGACAUCCUUUCUUUAACCCACUAGGAAAAAAGUUGAGAAAUUAAUAUUAAGAGGACACAUACUGAACAUUACAACUCCCAGGGAGACUGCUGCUGACUGUAUCAGUCUGCUUUAUGACCGACUGCUUCAUUACCUCUGUCCAUAUUUAUUAUCCGUUUAAAAAUACCGGGCAAAUUCCUCUAUGCUUAUUUUUAAAUAAACUUUUAUGAUUUAAAAAACUCUGUUUUG